CCCGCGCAGGAGGCGCGCAGGGCGGGAGGGCGCCGAGCUGCGGCUACUCCCGCGCCGCCGAGAGGGAGGGGCCCAACACCGCCCGCCAGCCCAGCUCGCGCCACCACUCGCCGCUGCUCACUGUCCCCGCGAGCCCACAUCCAGCUGGUGAAGGCUACCGCCAGCAUUAGUCCGGGGCCCGGGCACGAGAGGCGGAGGCCGGAGGAGGCGGCCCGAGCGGCCAGGCGUGCUAGCCCUGCUCACCGGUGCGGCAUAGCUGGUGAAAUCUUUCUGUGAAGAAGAAGGAUACCUGACUGUAAACGUGUCCCACAAGCACUAUUAACCAAGAAGCAAGGAACAGUAUGACAGAACCAUCUAGCCGAGUCUGAAGUGUGAAGAGCACCGUAUCCACCAGAAGACCCAGGAUGGAUCUGCACCAAAGUACCACAGUCAGGUUGCUGGAGAAAUGGAGCUCCAAUGAGCCACCAUCUGGCUGCCGGAGACAUUAUCAUGCCAGAAAAAAACUGAAGCUAAUUCGGGUCAUUGGCCUUGUCAUGGGCCUGGUCGCUAUGAGCACUGUCCCAUUUUCAAUCAGUGCCUUUAAUGAGACAGACACUCAGAGCCACACAGAAGAAGCCAGUGACGUGAGUGGCUCUAGGGUAGCCCAGGGCCACCAUCAAAGAACUCUCUUAGAUUUUAAUGACAAGUUUCUAGAUGAUACCACACAGCCACCCGCUUCUCAGGAAGACAAAGCUGAGAACAGCACCGACCAUGCCCAGGGAGACUAUCCAAAGGACAUCUUCUCCCUGGAGGAGCGCAGGAAAGGCGCCAUCAUCCUCCAUGUCAUCGGGAUGAUCUACAUGUUCAUAGCCUUAGCCAUUGUCUGUGAUGAGUUCUUCGUUCCUUCCUUGACUGUCAUCACUGAAAAACUGGGCAUCUCUGAUGAUGUGGCCGGAGCCACCUUCAUGGCUGCAGGCGGGUCCGCCCCAGAACUUUUCACGUCUCUUAUAGGGGUCUUCAUUGCUCACAGCAACGUUGGCAUAGGCACCAUUGUAGGUUCCGCCGUGUUCAAUAUCCUCUUUGUUAUUGGCAUGUGUGCUCUGUUUUCUAGAGAAAUCUUAAACCUGACAUGGUGGCCACUCUUUCGCGAUGUGUCCUUCUACAUCGUCGACCUGAUCAUGUUGAUCAUAUUUUUCCUGGAUAACGUCAUCAUGUGGUGGGAGAGCUUGCUGCUCUUAACAGCUUAUUUUGGCUAUGUGGUUUUCAUGAAGUUCAACGUCCAAGUAGAAGGAUGGGUGAAGCAAAUGAUAAGUCGCAAUAAAGUUGUCAAGGUGACAGCACCAGAAGCCCAAGCGAAGUCAUCUACAACAGGAGACAAGGAAGAGCCAUCUUUACCGGCUAAGCCGCGCCUCCAGCGAGGUGGGAGUUCUGCCUCUCUCCACAACAGUCUUAUGAGGAAUAGCAUCUUCCAGCUCAUGAUACACACCCUUGACCCGCUCGCCGAAGAACUUGGAUCAUAUGGAAAACUAAAAUAUUAUGACACAAUGACUGAAGAAGGGAGAUUCAGAGAAAAGGCUUCGAUUCUCCACAAGAUUGCCAAGAAGAAAUGCCAAGUGGAUGAGAAUGAGCGGCAGAAUGGGGCUGCCAAUCACGUGGAAAAAAUCGAACUUCCCAACAGCACAAGCACAGAGGUGGAGAUGACACCGUCGAGCGAAGCUUCGGAACCCGUGCAGAACGGAAACCUCUCCCACAGCAUCGAAGCUACAGAUGCCCCGCAGGCCGCAGAGACCACUGAGGAAGAGGAUGACCAGCCCCUCAGCCUGUCCUGGCCAUCCAACGCCCGCAAACAGGUCACGUUCCUCAUCGUUCUUCCCAUCGUGUUCCCUCUCUGGAUCACCUUACCUGACGUCCGCAAACCUGCUUCCAAGAAAUUCUUCCCUGUCACGUUCUUCGGCUCCAUCACUUGGAUUGCAGUUUUCUCUUACCUGAUGGUGUGGUGGGCACACCAGGUUGGGGAGACCAUCGGCAUUAGUGAAGAGAUCAUGGGUCUGACCAUCUUGGCUGCUGGGACCUCUAUCCCUGAUCUUAUCACCAGUGUCAUAGUGGCCAGGAAGGGGCUGGGGGACAUGGCCGUGUCCAGCUCUGUUGGAAGCAACAUCUUUGACAUCACUGUGGGGCUCCCCCUGCCCUGGCUCCUCUACACCAUCAUCCACAGAUUCACGCCGGUGACUGUCAGCAGCAACGGCCUCUUCUGCGCCAUCGUCCUCCUCUUCAUCAUGCUGCUCUUUGUCAUCCUUUCCAUCGCCCUCUGCAAGUGGCGGAUGAACAAAAUACUGGGCUUCAUCAUGUUUGGCCUCUACUUCGUGUUCCUCGUGGUCAGCGUCCUCCUGGAAAACAAAGUGCUCGAGUGCCCUGUCUCCAUCUAGUGGAAAAGCCAUAUCUUCAACCAACAGUAUGGAUGGUCCCUCCUGGAUCUGGGCUCCGGGCUUCUUGCAGAAGCCUUGAGAAGAGGCAGCCUGUGCGCAGCCCUGGGUGGCGAGUGUCCCUCCUUGGAGGGCAGAGGAAGGAUGGAUUCUCAUGGGGCCAUUCGCUUCACGGGCACCUCACCCUUGCCUGCGGAAAUGACUCCAUGGAAGAGACAAAGAGAACCGUCUCUCCAUCACCACUGACAGGUACUCCUCGCUGGUCGGAGGUACAUUCAUUGUGAUGACGCGAAAGAGGACAGAGGCUAUACAUACACAUGAAUAUAAAUAUUAUAAAUAUAUACACAUGAGCGUACAAAUCCUGCCUGUUUCUGUACUAUACCUCCCCUCCUACACCUAUAGAUUAAUACAUAAUUGUACACAGAAAGAGAAAUUAUAUAUAUAUAUAAACAUAUAUAUAUAUUUAAGUGCAAAUGCAUCUUUUCAGGGAUAGCUCUAGCGUAAUUAUAGUUCCUAUAUGAAGAGGGGCAUCAACCUUCAACCUUCAGUUUGUGUGCUUUGCCUCUCGAGUGCAAAAGGUGAAUUAACAGAAUCAGUAGGCCGAGCGCUCUUUGCUGUGAUCUGCAGCCUGCUUUGGACAUACUGCGUUGAGUGAAAUAGUUUGCAGAGAGGAAAGCUCAGAAGAGGGAGUCUGUUGGAGCCCUGUUAGAACCUCUAAAAUACUGUCACAAGCCAAACAGAACCCAUCCCCACUGGGAUGCUCUGACUGAGACCCAUGGAAUUCCUUAAGACAGAGGGGAAACUCAGACCGGGUGGCAACCAAAGGAACUGACGAAGGUUAGGUUGUUUAGUUUUGCUUUUUUUUUCUCGUAUUGCCCCAGCAUGCAAGUAGAUGAUGUGAAUGAAAAACCAAAUUAGUGCUUUUCUAGGACAGCAAACUUGUAUAAACUGAGCCUGUCUUGUUCCAGUGCAUGGCCCAUCAUCAUCGAUAGAACAAGGGCGAUCUUAGCCGUGGUUGUCGUCGGACAUGCUUUAAUGCCAAGGGCUCACACACAGUCCAAAGUCCUGCCACGAGAGCUGAGAUGUGUGCCGAGAGACACCGUCCAGCAGAGGUGCUCAGUGGGAGUGACCACUGAUAGGGACAUAAGGGCAUAGCUCCGCAGAGCACUUCUCAGUGUGGCCACAAAGGGCUGCCACAUCUAAGAAUCAUUCCCAGUAGAUCUAAACUACCAGACUGACCGUGCUUGAUUGAGGCAGUUCAGGUUUGUCUGAUCCGCUUGGUGUCCGCCCCCCCCCCCCGACCCUAGAACAGUUUCCAAGUCCUGUGUCAUGAAUUUGGUGUGAACCCAUGCAACGCCCCUCCUUCCGUCGUGAGCCCAUCUAGAACUCUAGUGUUCCGAGCCUGCGGUCCAUAGUUUCUUUACACUUCUUUGAAGCGGUCACUCUGAUAUUAUGAUUUACUGAUUUUGCUCAGCUUCACAUGGGAUCACCUCAUUCACUGAGUCCUCCCACACUCUGUCCAACACCUUGUGUGAUUUCUCCAGUUUAUUGCAGUAGAAAAUGAAACCGCUUGACAGCCGCAGGACAAACUGAACUGAAAACAAAACAGGCAGUUUUUCAUUUUCCGAAACCAUGCUUUCUCCUUAAAAUCCAUUGAAACGGUAAAUAGAAGGUGGCCACCUCCAUGUAAAUCGGCACAUACCAUAUGAGGAGAGUGUCACCAUGCAUUCGGUUCUGAUCUGUCACUACGCCUUGUCUGACUAUGUUCUGAACACCGCUUAAUAUAGGGAGGUGGGGCGAAGAACUCAGACUGAAUAAAAAGGUCAGGUGACCCAAUACCCCAGAUCAAGUUCAGCCUUCCAUCCACAGAGUUUCCAUUCAUUUACAGAACACAGCAGCAACGGGAAGAGCCAAGCCCAAGACCACUUUACACUUAAAGCACACGGCACUCCAAAGCAGAGGCCCCCUGAGAACACAAGAAAUCAAAAGGUCUGCCAACUAAGAAACUGGCUUUCAAGUCUCUCCAACAAUGCAAAGUUGGGUUUUUGAUUUGGUUUGAUUUUUUUUUUUUCUCUCUCUCUCUGUGUAACAGCCUUGGCUGUGCUGGAACUCACUCUGUAGACCAGGCUGGCUGCAAACUCACAGAGAUCUGCCUCUCUCUGCCUCCUGAGUACUGGCAGUUUUCAAUGGUGAGAGAGAAAUCCACAUCCCAUUCAUCAAGGGUGGGGCUUUGUUUGAAGCAAGCAUUUUUGCUGCUACCUUAGAAAGACAGAUGCAAAAGUGAGUUUUGAGUUUUAAAAGCUCAGAUUGUUGUCCUGGCUGCACGAUGAUGGUUGGAUAAAUUCUGAUUUCGGGUUGGUUUAUCAUUUAAAAUGGAUGAUUUUUUUUUAAACCAACUACAAAAUAAGAAAGGUCACAGAAUGUCUGGUCCCACAAUUACCGUUCCCACACUCGCUCCCCUUACCUCCUCAACAAGAAGCCAGGAAGCACUCCGGUGCCUAAGGGCUGGGAAUUCUGCUCCACAGGGAGUGCUAUGGUCUUCAAUGAAAAGUUACUUUGAGAAGACAACAUUCCCCAAACCAGUCCCCACCUCCAUAGUGCUCCCCCUCACUGAACGGUGCUCGGGCACCUUCUACUGCUGGCUCUUGCUGCCUUCAUUGAGGAAUGUGUGGUAUGUGGCCUUAUGUUGACCUGGAAGCGUUCAUAUUAUUGUAAAACUGCUUUCUACAUGCUGGUUUCAGCUCAUCUCUAACUUCUUUCUCGCAUGUCAGUGUGUGCUGUGCACCAGAUCUUGCAGACAUACGGUAUCAAUUACAUCAUCAUCCUUUGGGCCCAAUCAAUUCUAAGGCAAAGGGCCAGAUUUGACAGCCAGGGGAAAAGGAAGUGAACAUUUAUGAACUGAAGUUUUUUUUGUUGUUGUUAUUGUUCUCUGCACAUACACAAACAUUCGCAUACCACUUGAACAUGCCAAUCCCCAGAAUAUAGGAAAUGGUCAGCUGUGUCCCUGAUGCUUACAGAGAGGCAAAAAUAAUGCCACAAGAGGCAUGGGGGAAAGUUUUAGAUGACUGUCUCUUUUUUUCUCUGGAACAGGGUAUGAAAUAACACCAAAAGUUCAAACCAAAAUUUAUCAUUCAUCCUAAAAUAAAGGAAUUGUACCCAAAUGUGCCCAUUUACUCACAGAAAACCAAGCCAGUCUUGCUUGCUGUCACGUCUCCUAUAGCCCUAGGCAACCCUAAAAGAGGAGAGAAUCUUGGUCCAGACUAAGAAUUCUAAAAUAGAAACCCCUAGAUAUGCGUUAAACAAUGCCCAUGACGUAUCUACUUGCCCUCCAGACCCAGCGAGUUCCUGCUGGAAUGAAGCAUGAGAUUAAAUGGUGUGAUUUCACUUCCCAAGACCUAAACAUGCCAGGCAGUGUCAGCAAAGCAGAAUGUGUGUCCAGAGACUCAGGGAUAGGGUUGUGUAUCAGCUCGGCAGAUGAUGCAGCAAGUCUGAUGUCUCCCUUUAGAGUGCUAUGAAAAGAGACAAGGACUAUUUCAUAUUCAAGGAAAACGCUUUGCCAGGCCUCUGACAGGCGUCACCUGACAGCGGCCAUUAGUGCUUAUUUUCUAGGGAAGACAUGAGUCAGGCGGUCUAGAGGCCUUUCAGCAAAACACCCCUGCCUCGAUGAUUAGAUUUUUGGUAACAUUAGCGUACAUCUGCUCCUGGUUAGAGAGAAAUGGCCAACACCACUACUUCCCGCAUCUUGUAGAAUCCUCUCUGAUCUAUAGCGAAGGAAGAUGCAGCCUAUGAAAGAAGGUUGUCCUCACCCAGACCACCUUAAGAGAAAGUUGAUCACAGAACGACAACAGUUAGAGCUACUAGCUAGACAGGGGACAGUGGACUUUGAAGCAUUCUAUUGAAAGAGUUGCAUUGAAGAAUUUGGUAGGGUCCCAUGCUUAUUUGAAAGUAAGCAUUUCAGAGAAUUUCAGUGGGCUUUCUCACAAACACACACACACACAUUCUAUGUUUCCUUGCACCCAGAAAGAUUGAACUUCAACAAGUAACAUGUUACAGACAGCAGGCCUGUUCCAUAAAAAGUACACUAUAAAGCUGAUAUCCACUCGUACAUAUUCACCUGGCCUGUUAAUUUUUAAAGUUAUCAUCCUCAGUUCCCAUGCCUCCCUCACAACAUUUUCUUCAAUUAGCAGGCAAGGCCUUCCCACUAAGAGAGAGUUGGGAGAAAACUGCAAAAUUCAAAAGGGGGAAAGGAGAAAAUAAUUUACAAAUAAUAGAAUUCCUAAGAAAGCCAUUCAAACCUACCUGUGAUGUUUAAAGUAGCUACAAAUAGCCGACCUUUUAAAAUAAGUACUAGAGCCUAUAUAUGUCCUAGGUUGAUUUGAAAAUAUCAUGUUAAGACAGCUUCAGUAAAGAAGGUUCCUGUGCCUUGCCCCCGUGUCUGUCUGAGUUUAGUUUCCUGCCUCUGGAUCUUUGUGGUCCUUUUUAAUCUCGCAGCCUCAUAUUUUUUUGAAAUAUAUAGCUAACAAGAAAAGCAAUAAAGGAAAUACAGCCAGCUCAGAUCCAAUACACAUUAUUGCACCUUUGAAAUAUUUCUUUCAUGUCACUGGGCGCUUGGGGUCUACAUAGGCUGUGAUGCCUCAGCAACAGGAGGACAUGGACUUCUGUGGGAUCACAGAUGUGUGCGUGUUGUUUACAUCUGGAAGUGGCUAGCUUUCCAUGUAGACCUCCAGACAGCAUGCAUCCACACGCCUUUCUCACACAUGGACAAUCAGCCUCACUCCAAACUACCUAAAUGUCACCAAAGUCUUUAAUCUUGCCAAUGGGUUUUCUUAAGAAAUAGUGUGGGGGGGGGGCGACACAAAAGAAAAACAGAUGCACAACCUCGCCUGUUUUGGAGUGACCAAACUGGUCCUGAAAGUUUAGGCAGAUGGGCUCAUUAGUGUACGGUGAGGGAUUGAAUAGAGAAGCAUGUGGCCUAAACCAAAGCACUUUUCCUAAAACACUGAUGGGCUGAACCGGAAAAUUAAUAAAUACCUAAGGAUGGAAAAGUGCCUUGGGCAUGUGUGGGCUCCCACCAAGGGCUGAUUUCAGUAGGGGAAUCUGUCUGCUGGUCACUAUAGUACAAAGGACCACCAAUAUUAAAUCAUGGGUUAUCAGCAAAGAGAUCCCACUAUACCCAAGGUCCGUGUUUAACUCUGACAGAAAUGUCCCCACCCAGCUUCGCCCAAAGACCCUCCGGCUGAUGGCAUCAUCCUUUUUUUUUCCUUCAUGGCAGAAGACAACUGCGUUUGAACACCUUUUGAACUUUAUCCAUGACGUAGUUGGAGGUUGCUACUGUGGGACUCUGUAUUUAUUUUCAUCAGAAGUGUCCUUGAAUCCUUAUUUGUUUGCUUAGGUGAUUUCUUCUUCCUCUCCCUCCUUUCUCUGCUCUUCCUUCUCUUCCUGCUGCUGGCACUGUUCCUCCUCAAUGUAAAUAUUCAAAAAUUCCAAACCUUUACCCCCCAGCAGCACUCCCUGGAAGGGACCAUUCUGGUUGCUUUUGAAUGGUAGGCAGAAUCCAUAACCACGGAGGAGGAACAAUAGUACAAACGCCUUCCAAAGAAGGGCCAAUAGAAUUGAAUAUGGUACCCAUGGGAACUGGCUUUGCUAGUGUCGAGAUGACCACUGGGCACAUCAUUAUCAAGGAGUGCUGGUGAGGUCAAGAUCACAGCUCUUUUUGCAUCUGGCAUCUUCAUUCCUUAGCCACAAAGGAAACAGGAAGGAAGCCACGUUAGACCAUUCCAAGACUCUGGGUUUGUGCUUGCCUGCACUGAUUACCGAGAGGAAGUAACGUUUUCCUUUCAAAUGGGAAGUCAGAGAAAGGGUUGGAGCUCCUCUUAUUAAGAGUCCCACCAUGUGUUUAUUUCCCACACAGUAGGCUGAUAAAAACAGUAAGGACACUUCCUGACCUGGGAAACUGCUCAGCAAAAGAUGGGAAUUUCCUCUUGGGUUGCAAUUUCUUCAUAAUGGAUAUGUAAUUAGUGAAGGCCUUGGAUGUUGACAGGUCUGUAAAACACUCAGCUAGCCAAAAGAAAGUACUAAUUCUCUUAAGUCAUGUUACACGCACACAAACAAGAGAAAAGUGAAAUAAGUCUGAAUCCCAGAAUAAAGUCACUUCCAGAAUGAAACUGCACGUGUGAAUUAAGGCAGAGAAUUCCUUGCCAGUUAAUUCAAUGCAUCUCCAACUCUUAUCAUCAGGAUAAAUCUGAAGGACAAUGGAUGCCUUUUGGGUUUUUUAAUUUUUUUAAUAUUGCACUUUAUAGUAUUUCAUAAGAGACGAUUGUCUUAAUUAAAGCCAUAAAAUACCAAUAAAGCAUAUAUUCAGGGCUUCUGAAUAUAGUCAAUAAACAGUCCACGAGCCAUCCUGUGUGUUGUUCUGUUUCUUACUACUUACACCUACUCUUCUGGAUAGUUCUAAUCUACUAAUACAUUUUUAGGUAUGUAUGUUAAGCAAACUGUUUGAAAAUCAAAGAAAUUGUUUAUUUCACAAAAAAAAAAGCGUUCUUCAUUUUCAAAGUAGCUUAUUGCAUGGCUUCUUUAAGUAGCCAGUCACAUUGCCACGCUGAAAAUACUUCCUUGUUAUUUUCCUGCAAUCCGUCUGCUAUGCAAAGCAAGAUUCCUCCGCAUGGGAAUUGAAAUGGAUAAUUAGCAAAGAUGCCUGGGAAAAUCAGGAAGUGUUUGUGUUUCUAUACGAAUAAGUGAUGGAUCUAAAAAGUUCCCUUGUAAAAAUGGCAAACAGAUAUACAACCUUUUGGCAUCGUAAACCUAAAUUGGCAUAUGUCCCCAGGAGAACAAGCAAAAGCAACAGACUUCAUAGCGCAGUGGGCAGUUUAUUUCCUAUUUCUAUUAAAAUACGCUUUCUGACUGGGAUGGUAAGUUUGUUUGCACACAUAUAAGCACAGAUGUUCCCACAACUAAAACCUUUAAUAUUUCACUUUGUAAUGCAAUUGAAGUAAAUGCUAAUACAAUGAUUAAAAGGCACAAAAGAGCCUAGAACAAUCCACCACAACAGGGUAUCUAAAUCACAUAAGCCCAAGUAUUAAAUUGAACAACCCCAUCAAUCUUAGGCUUUAACAGACAAUUUGCCCUAAAGAAAGGAUGUCUGGAGGCAGAGCCAGUGAUGUUCCUCUAUCUCAGGCUCUUUGGGGCCUGAAGGUUCUCGAAGAGUCCGACUGUCCAUCAAGAACAGAGUGAGUUUCUCUUGCACUCUGCACAGACUCUGUUGUGGUACCUGGACCUAUUCAUCGUGGUACCUGGGCCUAGCCUUGUUUUCUCAAGUCUCCACAAGCAACAGCUUUCAUCUUCACAAUGCAGACACAGAGAGGUACAUGAAAAAUAUAAGUUGCAAACCAGACAUGAUGAUACACCAGCAAUCCCAGAACUGAGGAGGUAGAGGCAGGAGGAUUGGAAACUCCUGGCCAGCUUUGGCUACGUGAGAGUCUGUCUCAAAAAUAGCAAGGACGUAAGAGUAACAAACACUACCCUCCUGGUUCAAUGAAGCCACUACUAGUGUUAAAAAAUAUAUAUAUAUAUAAGUUAUGCAAUUAUUAUUUGCAUAUUUUAAAAACAGAAAAUACCAUUAAUACUGAUUCUAACAUAGAUAUAUGCACUACAAGGUUUAACCUGUCUUUUAAAUGGGUUAUCUUAAAAAUAUCAAAAUGUACUCAAAAUCUUGUUUUGAGAUACACAAUCAAUUACUGCCAACCAUACUUUUUCUCCUGCACUACAGCAGAAUCUAUAAUCCAGAUUUAGUCAUGCUAUCCCAUCCCAUAAGUAUAUACAAUAAGUAUGCCAAUCAAAUAAACAAAAGCAACUUUUUAGAAUUUUUAAUGAAUAUAUUUUGGAAGGAUCAAAACAUAUCACAAUGCCAUUUUUGUGAGGGAUCUUUUUAGGGGAGGUCAGGGUCUCACACCGCCUUUGUUUGCCUGGAUUCUAAAGAAACAUCUCAGCCCCUAUCUUCACCCCUCAAGAGUCCCCUCGAUGCACUUUAAAGUCAUUUUUGUCAUUUUGUGUGUUUGUUGUGAGCCGUGGCUGGCUAGGUGUACAGCGACCCCGCGUCAUUUACUCUGUGACUCUGUCUGUACAUAACUGGAAUUCGGGUUGCACCUGUACAUAGGCUGUCUGGAGCGGUGUGCUUCAGUUCCAUGCUCUCGCUCUGAUAAGGGGCAUUCCUCCAUGGUCCACUGUCUGCAUCCUUGUGCUUCUACUACUGAUAACCAACCUACUGAGUACACUUUAUGUAACUAAGUCUCCCCAGUGUGAAAAUAAUGACAAUAAAACAAUU